AAUCAAACGUUGAGCAAUGUCUUCAGCUGAAGAAUCGACGCCGGACAAUGACCAGCCUCUAGACACCAAUAUCCUGCGCGAAAUUAACAAAAAGGCACUUGUAGACGCUUUAAACACUGUCAAUGGCGCAAAGACACUCGUUCUCGAUCCCAACUUGGCUGGCCCACUUAGUUUGGUAACUGAUGUAGCUCUUCUCAAGGUCGUCUUUUUCGAGGUGAAAUUCUGCUGUGGUUUUGAUAAUUGUUUAGCAUCACGGUGUGGAUAAAAUGUUUUGGCUUGAAGCCGGUCCUUUGUCGCUGGCUACUCCGAACGUGGUGUAUCUAUGUCGUCCAAAGAUCAAGUAUGUGAAGAUGAUCGCUGAUCAUGUUAAGCGUCACGCGAAGGAAUCCUUGAGAUAUAACUACACCAUUCUCCUCGUUCCACGAACAUCUACCCUUGUUUCGCGCCUGCUCGAAGAAGAGGGGGUAUUAGGCGACGUGACGAUCUCUUCAUACAAUCUUCAACUCAUCCCUCUUACCGGUGAUGUCGUGUCUAUGGAGUACGAAUCUGCAUUCAAAGAUAUCUGGGUUGACGGAGACGAAACCGUAAUCUAUGACUUUGCUCAGGCCCUUAUCACGCUUCAAAAGAUGUUUGGGACAUUUCCCAGAAUGCUUGGUAAAGGGGAUCAUGCUGCGAGACUCAUCAAGCUGGUGGAGACUUACCUUCCUCAGACCAGAUCCAUCUCUACGUCUGACACACUAUCAGGGCUUUCAGACAAGAUAGAUUCUCUCGUCGUUCUGGAUAGGCGUGUUGACAUGAUCACACCUCUUCUCACCCAGCUUACUUACGAGGGUCUCAUUGACGAACUCAUCGGUAUCAGAAAUUCUCACGUUGAACUUCCGGUAUCCCUCAUAUCCCCGCCGCCGAAUGCUGGGAUAACCUCCAGUUCAGGACCAUCUACGACGCCUACCACUUCAACAUCAAACACCUUGCGCAAAGAGAGCAAGAAGAAAUACCACUUAUCCCCUACGGAUACCUUAUUUACCGACCUUCGCGAUUUAAAUUUCUCCUUCGUCGGGAAGAAACUCAACCAAGUCGCCCAUCGUCUAGACGAAGAUUACAAAGCCAGCAGACAGGCUAAGACGAUACCCCAAUUACGCGAUGUGGUUGGAAAACUGGGCGGAUUACAGAGCGAACACCAAUCAUUACGCAUACAUACCGGACUCUCCGAGUUGCUUGUACCCAUGACACGCACCGAGCAGUUCAACAAGUCACUCGAAAUCCAGCAAAAUUUACUAGCGUCCUACAACAUCUCUGAGCAAUUGACUGCGAUCGAAGACUUGAUUGCUCAAGGCGCUGAAAUGGAACUUGUUGUUAGACUCGCAUGUCUCGCAAGCAUAACAGCGGGUGGUAUAAAGGCCAAAGUUUUAGAGAAUAUCAAGCGGGAGAUAUUGCAGACUUAUGGUUACAACUUCUUACCGCUACUGCUCUCACUGUCGGCCCCAUCCCUAGCAAUCUUAUUACCAAAUCCACCACCCACAUCUCAUCCGGAUCUCGCAGCAGCAGCGAAAUAUCCGUUCAAUUCAUUGCGUAAAUCCUUGAGACUUCUUAUAGAAGAUGAUCCGGAAUCUCUUAACGAGGUCGAAAACGACAUCAGUUACGUUUACUCAGGCUGGGCACCCAUUAGCAUUCGUUUGGUACAAUGCGUCGCUCAAAAAGGAGGUGUGCUGAGUAACCCGGCUGAGACCGGUAACCAAGCGGAUGGCAAGGGAGGACGCGGUGAGAAGGUUCAGGCGCAUCCUAUCAUAGGUUGGAAAGGGUUUGAGGAUAUUUUGGCGCUUAUACCAGGACGAACCGUAGACGUAGAUAUGAACGUUGCCUCAGCUGGAGGUUUGAUUUCACGACCCGCGGGAAAGACGACCACAACUGUGGUAUGCUUCCUCGGUGGAUGUACCUAUACUGAGAUCGCCGCAUUGCGAUGGGUCUCGAAGCAGAAUAAAGGCAGAAGAUUUUUGAUUGUGACUACUGGAAUCGUCAAUGGGUUGAGUAUAAUAGACGGCAUCUCCGGCGUGCAAAAGAGUGUUACCUCAAAGGAUGCUGGCCUUUGAAUAUAAUUUCCUGCAGGGUAGCGUAAUGCGUGUGUUUUAUGUUGAGUUUUGCUGAUUUUAGGUUAAUUUCACCAUAAUCAUGGGGUUUCGCAUGAAUCCAUCAUAAUAAAUUUUAACAUAACCGAUGUUCAUCUUCAAAAAUUA